AUAUAAAGAACAUUCGAGCCUGGGGAGUACACAAGAGAGGAGAUCGCUGUUAUCAUGGCACACUGACCUCCUCACACACUGACAGCAGAUUGCAAGUUUACUCUUCACCAAACUGGACGUUUAUGCCCUGUGCUGUAUAAAGUGGAGACGCUACGAUAACAAGGAUGCACACGGACGACAUCAUCGAGGCCGUCGAGGGCAUGUCCCGCUUCCAGAUCCUCAUGGUUGUCUUCAUAUUCGGUCCAAAAAUGCUGAUGGCGUGGGGGAUGUUGAUGAUGUCGUUUGCGGGGACUACUCCAGAUUGGUGGUGUGUCCCAGCUACAGCGCCCUCUGUUGAUGAGACCGACUACAUGAACAACGUCACAUUGAAAUUGUGUCCCACCUCAGACAACAUAACCUGUCAGAUUGUGUACAGCCAGGAUAAAAACACUGUCGCCAGCGAGUGGGAUCUCAUAUGUGACCAGAAUAUUCUCAAGUCCAUUAUCACAUCAGUUCAAAUGGCCGGAGUGUUCUUUGGGGCACUGUUUGGCGGACAGUCUGCUGACGUCCUCGGUCGGAAGUGGACUUACUUCAUCAGCCUGGUCCUUCAAAGUGGAUUCAAUCUGGUGGCAGCAUUCUCCGUCAACUGGCAGAUGUUUACAGUGUUGCGUUUUCUCAUCGGGAUGACGAUUGGCUCUCUUCUGGUUGUAAGCUACCCGUAUUUCAUGGAGUUCAUUGGAAGGAAAUGGCGACCAAUUGCAUCGGCAAUGCCAGUCUGGGUAACGGGUGUAUGUGUCUUUGCCCUGUCGAGCUGGUUGAGGCCUGACUGGUCUCAUCAACACAUCAUAUUGGCUGCCCUUCAUCUCCCCUUCUUCGCCGGAUGGUUCUUUGUCCCAGAGAGUAUGCGCUGGUUGGCUGUAAAAGGGCGGACUGAUGAAGCUGAGAAAGUCGUGGAUCAGAUGAGUCGAUACAACAAAAGACAGAAGCCCACCAACACACUGCAGCUGCUGAAACAAGUGGCAGAAGAAGAGCAGAAACUGAGAGCGUCUGGCAGCAGGUACACCUACCUUGACAUCUACAGGGGCUGGAGCAUCUGCUGGAAGUCUCUCGUCAUACAGUUCAUCUGGAUGUGCAUGUCGCUGGUGUACUAUGGGAUAUCGUUCGGUGCAGUGAGACUCGCAGGCAACCUGUAUCUGAACAUCUUCCUUCUGGCAGUGGUGGAAGUGCCAACUACUGUGUUGACUUUCUUCACAAACAACAAAUUUGGUAGAAAAUGGACAGGGAUUGGUUUCUUUGCUGUUGCCACUUCCGCUGCUUUUGGUGUUGCAAUCAUUGCGAAAACAGUCUCAAAAGACGAACAGGGAGUCAUCAUUAACCUCUUGGCUCUGGUGACCAAACUCGGUGUUGGUGGAGCUUGGGCUGCCUACGGGUUGUUGGCAAGUGAGACGUACCCUACUGUCAUAAGAAAUUUGGGUUACGGAGCAGCUAAUUCAGCAGCCCGAGUUGGUGGCAUGAUCGCUCCAUACGUCUUUGCAGGGGGAGAUGGUGACCUCGUGGUGCCUUUCGUCAUUGUUGGUUCGACCAUGGCCGUCUGUGGAGUGUUAUCUGUCGUAAUGAAGGACACGAAGGACCAGCCCCUGGCUGACACCAUGGGGGGUCAGGUGAACACACGCGGGGAUGUGAUGAUGGUGGCGAUCCCAGAGGACAUAGAAAACACCAAGCUUUAGCCAGUUUGACUUGAAUAAAUUA